GCAAUAUCGAGUUCAGUAUACCGGAAGUUUUUUUCAUUCCUGACAGCUUGCUGAUAAUACUCGGGAAACACUGACACUGUCCGAGCUUUGCAGUGAGUCACGCAGAGAAAAAAAGACUUUCUCCAGCUUCACUUUCGCUGUUUUCGCGUUUCGGUUAUGGCGACCGAGGGCGGCCGUGUGCGUAUUUUCGGUGCGUAAAGAUCAGCUGCUAGCUCUGGGCGGCUGUUGCAGCGACAUCAUACGCGUCAUUUCUCACAUAUGCGUCUUCUCUUGUGAGGGAUAAAACAGGUUGAGUCUGUUUAAGCAGUAAGUGCUUCAGUCGUAUCGUCACCGGGCCUGGGUUUUUCCCCCCCGGCAUGAAGAGGAAAGCCGUGGUCAUGGGUGCAUCUCCGAGCUCUCAAUCAGCCUCAAAGCGGACUUCAUUCUCGGCUUCAGAUGAAGACUCUUUCUCAGUUCCUCUGGACAUCCUGGAGGAGAUCUUCCUGAAUCUUCCUCCUGAUGACGUGGUUCAUAUUUGUCGGUUGGUGUGCCAUCAAUGGAAAGAAGAAGCCGACAGCGAGUCUCUCUGGAGAGAAAGGUGCAGAAGAGAAGGGUACCGCCUCCGUGACGCUUCCAAAACACCCAAAGACUGGAGGUUGUUUUACUUCUUGUGCAAUAAGAGGAGAAAUCUUCUCAAGAAUCCGAGAGCAGAACAAAACAUGAAGAAUUGGCAACUAUUGCAAAAUGGUGGUGAUAAGUGGAAAGUAGAGGAAGUGAUGGCGCCACAUCCAAACCAGACCGUCCGGAAGAACUUUGUGACUUCUUACAUGAUGUGCACUAAGUCGCAGCUGAUUGAUUUAGAAAUGGAAGGUUACAACCGCAUGUUCAUGGACGACUACCAGCCGGACAUCAAAAUAACCGAUUGGUAUGCACCGCGACACGAUUGCGGGUGUGAAUAUGAGAUCGAGGUGGAGUUGCUGAAUCAAAAAAAGAAAACAAUUGUAAAAUUUGCUCCCGAAACCGUUUACUUCGAACAGUGGAGCGAUCGGAAAUGGAAACAGGUGACCCAUGUAUUUCGAAACUACGGACCAGGAGUGAGGUACAUCCGGUUUACCCACGGAGGAAAAGACACACAGUUCUGGGCAGGAUGGUAUGGUAUUCGUGUUACCGACAGCAGCGUUGAGAUUUGUCCAGCAACGGACACAUAACUCUUUAAGAUUCAUCUAAUGCCUGCUUCGUGCCUUCUGCCUGAAAUAAUACACUUGCACCAAAACUUAUUUGCCUUAUAUAAUCUGUAGUUAUGUUAAACAGUAAAGGAACAUUUAUUCGGGAAUAAAACUGAGUAUUGGUUGUCAACAGUUUUAUUUAUUAACCGUAGCUUUUAUGCCGCACCUUGAGAAGAUUAAAGUCGUACGGUAGAGCAGAACUAAAAGGUUGUAUUUGGCCUAACACAGGUGGAGUUAAAUGUUAAAAAUGCUGUUGCUGCUCUUACAGAGAGCAUUUCAAAUCUUUCCCCGCUUCAAUUUUAAUAUUACCUCUUACUGCAGCUAGAUGAAAGUACAGUUCACAGGUAGGUACCCACUUUUCCUGAAGAGCCUCACACACAAAUACCUUUUCAGUAAUUUGUUUUAGCACCAAAGGGAUUCACACUCAACAGCCAUAUCACAAUCAGUUCUUAGGCUCACAGUAAAUUUAAUCAUUAUUUGUCAAGACCACCAACUGGUCAUGGAAAUGGUUAGGACAAAGUGCCAUUUAUGUUUGCUUUACUGUGGUAUUCAUUGAAAGGUAGGGUGAUAACACGUGACGUUAUGUGAAGUCAUCAGUUCAUAUUGUAAUAUUAUUUCUGACGUCAAUGAUAAAGGCUAACAGGUUGAUCUUUCUAUUAUAAGACUACAGUUGCACUAAUCAGCCUGUAAUAUUAUUUGCACUGCUCUGUAAUAUGUAAGUUGUGACGAUGGAGAAUUGUAAUAAACUGUUAUUUGUU